CAAUUCUGGAAUUCUAGUAUUGAGGGUCGAUAUCGGAUACUAUGUCAAAGUUAUUCUUUGUUAUAUUUCAGCGUUAGGUAUUCAUAAUUAUACCUGCGUAAACCUAUGUUAAACAAAAUUAUUUCCAAAAUCAAUCUGACUUCCCAGAACGCAAUACAAAUCCAAAAACGUGCUAACUCCAAAAUCCAUAGCAAAUCAAACGCAAUUCUGAAACAAACCCCUUUCAAUUGAAAAUUCUCUCUCGUUUAGCUUCAAAUGUUUACGCGUGGGCCUUUCAUAAAGCAUUAGGGAAACUUAACAUACACCGUCCUGACAUUUCUUGAAUAUUAACAACGGACAGGUGGUAUAUAAGGGUCCCGAGGUUCCCUGAACCGCAUUCCUUCAGCGUGUGUGGUCUGUUUAAGUACAAAGAUGAAAGUCCUGAUACUGAUGGUAUUCCUGUUCACUUUGGCGCUUUGCGCCGGACAUAUCGGCGGCGGCCUGAUGAUGCAAGACCUCAGUCCUCAGGUCUACUGCGGCAGAAACCUCGCCAUAGCGAUAUCGGAACUCUGUCUCAUGCAGAAACACCAAAAGAGAUCCGAAGGGAACUUGUUCGGUACUGGCAUUUCCCCCUACUACAAAGAGGAUUCUGGUUGGCCAUGGCUUCCCCCCCACCAGGCAAAGGGCCUGGCGCUUCCCUCGCGCGGCAAGAGGCUUGUAAACGGGAUCGUUGACGAAUGCUGCAAUAAACCAUGCAGCAUGGAAGAAAUGCUUGGUUACUGUUAGGUUAGGUAACGUCAUAUAGCUCAUUUUAAAGAUUUUGUAAAUUAAUUGUUAUAAAAUUAUGAAUAGGGCAGUUGAAUAUAAUAAAGAUUUAGAAGAUUGGAACGAGAACGAACCUAGCCGCAUAACCACGGCAUUUUCGUGCCUACACGGCGGGCGCUCUGCCGUCGAUACACGCUGCCGAAAGGCCUGCCACGAACAUCGAUAAUCUGUAUUUCGGUGUCUGCUUUUCUAUCGCGAUAGCAUAUUCGAGCGAUAAAGAGUUAGCUAAUGCACGGUGUUCUGCGAUUCCGCGCCGAACCAAGGCACCGACUUGUCCUUUAGUGCUCUGUGAAUGAUUCCACGGUCAGUCUUUCUUCUCCUAUUAUUGUUAAGAAGUGAAGAAUAAUCAAUUAAAAAAACCCGAGUUAAAUCAAAAUGUUUCUAACUAGGAAUGAAAACAUUAGCGCUCACCAAUUAAAUACACCUACCUAUAAUGCUCUUUGAAUGAUGAUAACGUGGACGUAAAAAUUUUAAAAUAUCAGUCUGCUAUAGAUAAAGGAAAAGCUAAAUUAUAGUUACUUCAUUAUAUUUAUUAUUCAAUUGAGAGUAUGUGGUCCCAGUCUGCAUUUUAGUAUAAAACGAUUAUGUAAAUGAAACUAAAUAAGAUAACUAGUAGAUACGACCGAAGGUUUUCUAUGUUAAAUAUUAAAUUCAAAAUAUAAUUGUUGUUGCGCUA